CAUCAACUAGUUCUUUUUCUUCAAAAACAAUUGUUAUCAACUUGUUUGAAGAAAUAAUGGCAUUUCGGCUACCUUUGAUAAUGCAAGCUAAGAAGCAUAUUUUCUGCCGCACAUUUUCAAGAGGUAAGAAAGUGUUGUCAGCUAAUAGUGAUAUACCAAAAGGAUAUUUAGCAGUUUAUGUUGGAGAAGAGAAAAAGAAGAGAUUUGUGGUUCCGAUAUCAUACUUGCAUCAACCUGCUUUUCAACAAUUUCUUUGUAAAGCGGAAGAAGAGUUUGGAUUUAAUCAUCCGAUGGGCGGUCUCACCAUUCCUUGCAGAGAAGAGAUCUUUGUUAAUGUCACUUCUCAGAUGGAAAGAUAAUCACUGCAACAAACUCGAAUGCUUUUCUCCGGUGAUCUUCCAGAAGCAUGCAAAUGUAAAUCGACUCUUCAGUUUCUUAUGGCAACAUGAUAUGUAGGGCCAAAGAUGACAAGAAGGCUUUGUUGCAUGUAACAGCCAUGCAUUAUAUGGAUAUAGUUUCAUGCUUCAAUAGUUUAUCAUCUUUUCUAACAAAAUCACAUGAUGUGUAGAAUUAAUUAGUCAAGAGAGUUAAAUCUAGAAGGAUUUAGUAAUGGUUGAUCCAGAGAUAUUUUGUACUAUAUUGUGAAAUGAGAAUAACAAGGAGUUUAAAUACUCUUGCAGCUUGUAGCUUUUAUCAGUUUGAUAUGGAUCAAUUGAUAUUUAGCCCAAUGUUUGUUUCCAUGUCUUGUUUUCUUUUCUCUAAUAUAUGUUGCAUUG